GCAGCCUGACGCACACGGGGACGCGCCUGGGCUGUUUGUUAUGGGAAAACUGUGCUUCAGAACACUUUCCUGAAGUUCUAGUUGAUGGUUUAACCAUGAGGCGCCAGAAGCUGCUUUAACCAUCUCUUACGUGAGCACAGGAGCAGACUGUUUCGCAAGGGUCUUUUCAUUUAGUUGACUUUUUUUUUUUUUGAACUUUGUGAUCAGUGUCCAGCAGAGGAUCUCCUGGCCCCAGCCAACAAGAGGACUCUUCUAUAAUGCGUGGGACUCUUGGGAGUCUGUUCUUCGUGCGUUUCGUCUGGAGACUGUUAUGAAUUUUAAAACCAGAUCACGUGACCACAUUUCGUCAUGUGUUAGUCCUACUCCUCAGAAAUGUUGCCUCUAUCCUUUUCUUAGGCGCGCCCUCGUGUGAAGAAAGCGCGGUCUCGUUGCGUGCGAGCGCGCAGUUGUCGGCAGCGCGCACAGACAUGAGCGCAGUGCUCGGUCCAGUGUAGACAUGGCGGCGGAGCCUCGGCCGGACUGGCUCUCCCGUCUGCCCUCUGCGUGGAGUUACGGAGUGCUUCGAGACGGACGCAUCUUCUUUAUCAAUGAGCAAGCCCAGAGCACAACCUGGCUGCAUCCUGUUAGCGGAGAGGCAGUGGUCACCGGGCACCGAAAAACAUCAGAUCUGCCCACAGGAUGGGAGGAGGGAUACACGUUUGAGGGCGCGCGCUGCUUCAUCAAUCAUAACGAGCGGAAGGUGACGUGUAAGCACCCUCUGUCUGGAGCACCCUCCCAGGACAACUGCAUCUUUGUGGUCAAUGAACAGCCCGCCCCUCCUGUCCCGCUGGAGCAGAGUGCAGAGCAAAGGGAGCGUCCCACCAGUAUCCUGAGCGACAAUGGGGGCUCUGACCUCAGUCCAGCCACCAGCGUUAGCACGGCCACCUCUCCCUGCCCCGGGACAGGCCUCAACAAUGCCCCCCCACGGCUCAGCAGCGCCCCCUCUGCUGUAGCACGGCCUUCAAGGUCUUCCAAAAAAGUUCAUAACUUUGGUAAAAGGUCCAACUCAAUUAAGAGGAACGUGAAUGCGCCUGUGGUGAAGAGGGGCUGGCUCUACAAACAGGACAGCACAGGCAUGAAGCUGUGGAAGAAGCGCUGGUUCGUCCUGUGUGACAUGUGCCUCUUCUACUACCGAGAUGACAAAGAAGACAAUGUUCUGGGGAGCAUCCUGCUGCCCAGCUUCCACAUCUCUAUGCUGUCAGUGGAUGACCACAUCAACAGAAAAUAUGCUUUCAAGGCCACCCAUCCCAACAUGCGCACAUACUACUUCUGCAGCGACUCGGCCAAAGACUCAGAGUCCUGGAUGAAGGUCAUGACGGACGCUGCUCUGGUGCACACAGAGCCUCUCCGGCGCUCUGCAGAGCACCUAAUUGACAAAGUGAAUGCAGAUCUGAAGAAGUCUGAGGAACUGAACAAUCAGCACAACCAGCGAGCCUUAACCUGCCCAGAGAUCCAGAACAACCAACGCAACCGCGAACCCACGCGGCAGGCCUCUGUACCAGAGGAGGAGAAACAUGGUGACAAAGCAGAAUGCUACACUCUGCAUCGUGACGGAGACAGCCUCCUGCUACGCAAGGACGGAGUGAACUACACUCUGGAGAAGGAUGGAGACAGGUAUGUCCUCCACAAAGAUGGAGAGCAGUUCUUAUUGAAGAAGAAUGGAGACAAAUACAGUCUCCAAAGGGAUGAGCCCUGUGCGCUCCACCCAGACCUGCAGAGGAAUAGCACUAUGAAGAACCACCUGCGCACAUCCUCCUCAGAGGACACGUACAACCAGGUCAAAGAAGGACCCAAACUCUUACAUGUGAAUGAGACGCACACUCUUCCAGCACAGCACACAGAAGGGCACAGGUAUGCCCCAGUAAAGGAGGUAAGGAGACAGCUGUCUCUCAGGGAGACCGACAGAAGCAUGUUUGCUAAUAACAAAUAUGGAACCGUACAUUUGAUGGAUCGAUAUGGCACGCUGAAGGAGGUGAAGAAGUACAGCACUCUGCGAGAGGGAGAUCGCUAUGCCACCUUGAAGGACACAGACUUGCAGUAUGGUCUGCACAGAGACACCAGCGCUGAGAGGACCAAGCUUAGCAUCCAGCUACAACCAGCCCAGGCAGCUGCCAUCGCAGCCGCCGUCUCGGCCUCACGGCAAAACCAGAAGGUCAACGGGUCCGUGAGCGCCGCUGUGGACCAACCAGACGGCAGCUCUAGGCUCCUCCACACUUCAACACUGCCCACUGACACUGCCCCUAAGACCAGUUUGUCCAGGACUCACUCCAUGCCCCCCAUGGAGCCCUGGGCACGGCCCUACAGGGCCAAAGCAGACCCGGAAACAACAAGCAUUUCUUCAUACCAGACAUUACCCAGAAACAUGCCCAGUCACCGGAGCCAGAUGGGACCCCAGUUUCCUGAGGGCUACCGCACUCUGCCUCGCAACAGCCUGUGCCGUCCUGACAGUGUCUGUGCUGCCAGCUCAGCUGACAAGAGAAGGUCUAUGAAGGACGACACCAUGUGGCAGCUCUACGAAUGGCAGCAGCGGCAAGCCUACUCCAGGCUCAGCAUGGCUCCGCCUACAGGUGCAGGUCAUUAUGGCACUCUGCCGAGCGCUAAGACCAUGAGCCACCUCCGUGAAAGCAUAGCCACGCCCCUCCCCACCUCCCCGUCCCAUGGCUCUCUCUACAGCACCCUCCCUCCUCCAAGGCUCAAGGGGGCGCCCAACCCUAGCAGCCCACACUCUGAGCUGUCCUCUCCAGUGCUCAGAGACGGUACUGCGACGCUCGGGCGCCAGAAGACACUCCCUCUCAAGCUGGGGUAUCCUGAGCGUUUUGCAACGGCUGGUGUUUCUCCUCACAACAUCACCCCUCAGUCCCUGCAGGGUAAAACGUCUGAGGAGCUGACGUUGCUGCUCAUCAAACUGCGGCGGCAGCAGGCAGAGCUCAGCAGCCUGCGUGAACACACACUGGCUCAGCUAAGGGCCCUGGGCUCUGAGGGGCCCAACGCCAAGACAGAUGUUCUCUCACACCAUCUGCAGAGGAGUCUGCGCUACCUGGACAGCCAGAUCAGCCCAGAGGCCAUCAAGAGCCUGGUCAGUGACACUGAAGAUCCUGACAUCGAUACCAAGCUGAGCCGGUUGUGUGAGCAAGACAAGGUGGUGAGGACACAUGAGGAGAAGGUGCAGCAACUGCACCGUGAGAAGCACACACUGGAGACGGCGCUCCUGUCGGCCAGUCAGGAGCUGAAUGAGCAGAACCUGCACUCUGCUCAGGCUCAAAGCCUGCUUCAGCAGAGAGAUGUCCUGCAGGGGGGGCUGCUGAGCACAUGCCGCGAGCUCAACCGUGUCAUAGCGGAGCUGCAGCUCUCGAAGCAGGAGUAUCAGCGGCUAGAGGGCGACGUGAGCCAGGCCAAGGCCAACCUGCUGCAGCAGCUGGAGGCACUGGGCAGUCCACAGACCGAGCCACCAAGUCAGCGACACAUCCAGAUCCAGAAGGAGCUGUGGAGGAUCCAGGACGUGAUGGAGGCUCUGGCCAAACACAAGUCCCAGGCUCCCAGCGACAACCUGUUCCCAAGCUCCAAACCCCUGUCCAGCAUAUCCAAAAACGAGCAGGGCCCAGACUACAGACUGUACAAGAGUGAGCCAGAGCUGACCACGGUGAAGGAGGAGGAGCCUGAUGAGCCCCACCCAGAGGAGCGAGGAGGGACUGGAGCUUCAGAGCGCAGGGACACCCCAGUCUCCAAAGUUCCACCUUGUCCGGUGGGCAUCGUCCCCCCCAGGACCAAGUGCAGCAUCAGUGCCCCAGAAUCCAGCACCAUUGCUUCAUAUGUGACCCUGAGGAAGAGCAAGAAGUUGGAGCCUCGAGCGGAGCGGCCCCACAGUGCUCUGGACCAGGCAGGGAGCUUCGGGGAGCGGGAGCUGGGCAGGAGUCGCAUGAGUGUGGAGGAGCAGCUAGAGAGGAUCAGGAGGAACCAGGAAGCCUCCACCCUCAGGAGGAGCAGGCUGUCCCGCUCCUCGUCGUUCAACCGCGACCUGGUGCCGGUUCCUGGAACACAGAGUGGAGGGCAGACUGAGGGCUCGUGCACUGACCCCUGUGGGCUGGAAGCAGCACUGCAGCGUCUGAAGGAUAUGAGUGAGUCCCUGUCUGAGGGAGGGGCCCUGGUGCCAGAGCAGGUGCAGGUGCAGGACAGGGGCUGUUCAAAGGGAGCGGCACACAGUGAAGAGCUCCAGCAGCUGAGCGAAAGCAAAGACCCCACCACAGAGGAGGGUGAGCGGCAGACUGCAGUCAUCCUGGAGCUGCCUCGGACGGUGAAGGUGGUGGAGCUGCAGCCGUUUGAAGAUCUGAGCUCCGCCACCUCUCCUUCAGAGCACAGCUUGCAGACUCCAGAGGCUGAGUGGAGUGCAGAAGUGAGAGAGGAGCUGAGAGCAGAGGAGGGUGGGGACAGUGAGCUGAGCGCUGACGACCUCCACCUCAACAACCUCCUGCCUGCACAGACCAUGGCUCUGGUGAGCAGCGACACAUGAACACACAACUCCACAUCUUCAGCUUUUCCAUGGACACAUUCAGACCCAGCAGACCAUCUCCAGAGGAACACCGACCAGUGCUUUGGAUCCACUUCAGCCUGGGCCCUUAGCCCACUCGGGCACACAGCCCUAUGUGGCCCCUCGCUCCCCUCUCUGUGUGAUCACAUGUGUGGAUGCAGGAUAGGGCCUACUGUGGGGGGGUGUGGGUGGAGGAUACCAGGCCUUCCAUGGGGGGAGGGGGCGUUUGGGCAGGGAUCAUCAGUGCCUCUUUCUCCAUAGAAUGUUCACUAGUACAGAACCCCAUGCUGCUCACUUCAUUUUUACAAAUCUUUAUAACAUUUGUAUUUUUUAAUCUCAACUCUGAAUGUUUUUUGUUACAUUUCAUCUUUAACAUUGACCGUUUGAAUGGACAGAGGGACAUGCUGCCUGGACCAAAGGUCCUUAUGAGCAAUAAGGCGGACAGCAAACCCACGAGCUGAACACUUCAGUCUGUAUAAAUGUAAAUGUGUAAACCCUAAGCUUAAUUUAUGUACACAAAAGAAUGAGAGUGAAUAUAGAACUAUGAGAUUAUAUUAAUAGUGUCAAUAUGCAAAGCCUUCAUAACCCAUCAAUUUUAUAUCAUGUAAAAUAAAUAUUACUGUUCACACAAUA